UGGUUUCACUGCAAAAUUAGAUGGGCAAGGAACAGUUGAGGUUGUUUGGGUUUGAGAUGAGUUUCCAUGACGGUGAUGAAAAUCAGCCAGGGAGAUCUGAAGAAGUGAAAGAUUCAGGAAAGUCAUUAGAGAACAUUUUGUCUAAGGUGGGGAAAACUGUUAAAGAGAAAAGCGUGACUAAGAAACUAGAGAAGAGAAAAUAUGAAUGUCAGUUUUGCCUCAAGAAGUUUACAAACUCACAGGCUCUUGGGGGACACCAAAAUGCCCAUAAGUCUGAGAGGCUAAAGAAGAGAAGAAUGCAGCUUCAGGCAAAGAGCACAAACUUGAGUUUUGCGGAUGAACCUCCCCAUGAUUACUGUGGUGUCACGCAGCAUUGUUCUCUUCCAUCUUCCGAUUCCUGGUCUCCUAGUGUACCCGAGUGUACACUGUUCAAGGAGUUUCUAAUUAACUUCAAGACUACUUUUGAUCAGGAUCAAAGUUUAUACUGCAACCUGGCUGACUUCUGUCAUUCCAUUCCUUUGCCUUCUCAUCAUAACCAUUUAGAGGAAGACACUUGCGGCAGGCACAUUGUCAUCAAGCCGUCUCCAUCUUAUAUUUCAGAGGAUUGUGAGAGUCUGUAUACUCGGUUAGGACUUGCUCCACCAGCUAUCCACAGCUCCUCCAGAAAUGGGACCAUGCUAGAGUUGGGAAAAUGCAGAGAAGGCUAAUUUUCUGUAGUCAUAUUGAGUUCACCAAUUCUCCGGUCUGCAGUCUGGAGUAUGAAGGGAAUAUAUAUAAUAAAAUUGUCCAUGAUCUUGUAAAUCUUUCUAGAAAUAUCUAACUAGUUUUUCGAAUGCUUUCUUUCUAUUUUUUUGCUUGCCAUGUAUGCUACUCAUCGUUUCAGAAAGCAGACACAUUUUCUGAGUGGAUUGUUAUUGUUUUCAAACAAGUGAUUAAUUGUCUGCAA